AUGAAAGCUGAACGAAUUUGUACUAAUUCAGAAGAAUUUUUUCAUAUUUAUUCAAAUCAAUUACCAGAAUUAUGGUUUAAUGUAUAUAAACAAUUAUUAAAGAAUUUAUUAAAACAACAACACCACCAACAAACUUCCAUAUCAAUCAGUUCAUUGGAAAAAACGGAUAAUGAUACUGAUUCAGUGAAUAGAAAACAAUCAAAGUUUGUUCAUGAUUUGCAUAAAAUUGGACUUUUAACAUCCACUUCUACUGCUGCUGCUGAUGAUCAUCACUAUCAAUCCAUGCCAAAAACCAAUGAAUCACGACCAGCAGCAGCAACUGCACCAGCACCAGCAUCAACAGUCAACAAUAAUCAUGAUGAAAAUGAUAAUCAAUGUGAAAAUAGUUUAUUGAAAUCAAAAUUAAUUGAUUGUUUGUUCCGUUUAACAUUGAAUCCAACGACUACACAAUGCUUAUUAAAUGAAUUGCAUUAUUUAACAGAAAAUCUUCAUGAUAAUAAUAAUAAUAGUUUUAUGAUGAAGAAUUCAUCAACUAUUGAAUUAUUUAAUCGAAUAGAAAAACUAUGCCAAAAUUAUUUUAAUCAAUUGAAUAUUGAAGAAUUAUUCAUGCAUGAUAAUCAUACUACUAAUAAUUAUAACAAUCAACCGCAUUGGCCUUAUCUAUUGAAUUUAUUACAUGGUAAUCUCAUAAAAUUCACUCUAAUUGAAGAAUUGAAACUUAUUAAUGAGAAUAUUUCACUAAUUCUUGAAUGUUGUACAAGUUUAUUAGUCAGUACAAAAUUACCAUUAAUUUUACAAUUAAUAUGGAAAUGUAUCAAUAUGUUUUUGAAUAAUAAUUAUAAUCAUAAUCACCGAUCAAUUGGUUUCCAGUUGAAAAGUUUAGAUUCUAAAAAUUGUAUCCUUGUUAAUUCAUGCAUGUUAAAACAUAUAUAUUUAUUCAUUCAUUCAUUCAUGAAUAAUUUUGCAUUUCAGCUGAUAUUUGGUGAUUUGAAUUGA